CAAGAGUCUGAUCUUGUCGAAAUUGCAUUUGGUGAAACAUCAUACCCUGAGGAAAGUUACAAGGAGAGUCUGAAAGGAGUCAAGAAUUAUGUUAUACAGGGGCAAGGAAUUGUUUGUUUGAAGUGCUCUUGCAUCAAAAGACAACCAAAUGAGUAUAAGAGAACUGCUCAUGUAGAUUUCCCACACCCUCAAGUUCCGGACUCAAAUCUUGGGGAUGGGUACAAUCAUGAGACCCGUCAAAGUGGAGCUGCUGAUUUUUCUGAUUCAAAUGCAUCUGCCAUUUCUUUGAAACUAGAUGAACAAAUCAGUGCCCAAACUAAGGAUACUACAACUUCCAGUCGAGGAGAAUGUGAUUUUAUGCCAUCUAACAUGUUGAAUGCAUUAACUCGAGACAAUUUUGAUGAAGUUAUAGAAAAUAACAAGGCCAUCUCACCAUCUUCAGAUAAUACUCAUUUUCAUGAAGAAAACAAACCUUUGUUCAGCAAAGUUAGGCAUAUCAGUGUAUGGAACUUGAUACAUCAACAUAUGGCAGAAAGUAUGGCUGCAGAGUCUGCAAACCAGCCGUUUCACGGUGGUGAUGGUUCUAAUGUAUUGCCUGCAAAAGAAAGUUCACAAUUGCGCAAGGAUUUUUCCGAUGUGGGUAUAGUGAACUGUGACCGUGAAACUCAAGAUGUUGAAGUCCGCAAGCUUUUUGCAGUCAAGCUAGUCCGAGAAGCAAUUGAGAAGAUUCUUCUUCCUGAAGUUCACGACCAGACAUCCGAUAAUCAGUCAACCGCAAGCGAGACUACUCAUGAACACGAACUCUUUGAAAAGAAUCAAGACGAAGGCGGUGUACAAGAAAGUUCCAGAGAAUGUGAGCUGGAUAAGGGGAAGGGCAAUGCACCAGCUGAUAUGAAAGAGGUAAGUGUCGUCGAUACUGAUACUUCUGGUCAAGAGAUAGUACAAAUUGAUAAAAAAUUUGGAAGCAAAUCCGAGAAGAAAGCACCAAAACAUUGGAGUAAUCUUAAGAAAUGGAUUUUACUUCAAAGAUUCAUCAAAGAAAUAGAGAAAGUGAGGAAAUUUAAUCCAAGGAUCCCACAACAUCUGCCUUUGAAGCCUGAACCUGAUUCAGAAAAAGUCAACUUGCGGCCUCUAACAGUGGACGAGAGGAAGAAAACAGAGGAAUGGAUGCUUGAUUAUGCACUGCGCCAAGCAAUCAGUCAGCUUGCCCCUACUCAGAAGAGAAAAGUGUCUUUGCUUGUAAAAGCCUUUGAAACAGUGGUUACACCGAAUGAAGAUAAUAGCCAAAAAUUUGCUGGCAUUACCCAUGAAGUGGGCGAGACUGUUCGUAAAGAAAACGACGAAGACAAAGAGGCUAAAGAAAUAGUUGAAUUGAAAUCUGAUAGUGGUGAAACAGCACUCAAACACAAUUUACAGGGAAUUCAAGAGGAUACGGUUCUGUUUAAACUCCGAGUUUCCCACUUGUAUGGUAAUGAUUUAUUAACUGAGGAUACUAUUGUGUCUGCUAAUCAUUGUGGUACACUUGAGCCAGAAAAGAUGGCAAGGGUUGAGGCCUACCAAGAUGCUGCACCAGAAAUCAGAGUAUUUCAAGAAGUUAACAAAUCAGAGGCACAAAAUGGGUCACACAAUAUCCAGUUGGAAAGACAAAACUAUAUCAGAAUGUGGCAUUCGAUAUAUCAGCAUGUGGUAUCAGGUAUUGCUGCAAAAGUUGGAAGCCAACUUCUUGAUGGAACAGACGAUGAUGAAGUAGAAGAUUGCAAUGAAUUGUCUAAAAUAAGCAACGGUGAUUAUUUCCCAAAAUCUGGUUAUGACCAGGGCAAGGAAAACCGUAUUCCUAGCCAUUUGAAUGGUGCAUUCACCAAAACUGAUGCAGUCAAACUUGUACAAGAGGCAGUUGAUGAGAUCCUUCUUCCAGAAGUUCAAGAUGACUCAUCUGAUACACAUUCAGUUAUAAGUGACUUUAUUCCAGACCAGGAGAUCUCAGAAAGUCUAGACCAAGAAAACACGACACAAUGUACCACAUGUGAAGGUGGAAUUUCGGUUGGUCAAGAGGACCAGAAACAAAAGUCAGCCAGAAAACCCGAGUCACUGAAAUCCAAGAACUGGAGCAAGCUGAAAAAAUUAAUCCUCCUCAGGAGAUUCAUAAAAGCAUUAGAGCAGGUAAGGAAACUUAACCUGCAACCACCACGACACCUCUCGGUUAUGCCUGACACCGAACAAGAGAAAGCUGACUUGAGGCAUCAAAUGAUGGAUGAGAGAAAAAAGGCCGAGCAAUGGAUGCUAGACUAUGCAGUUCAACACAUUGUCACGAAACUAAUUCCUGCUCGAAAAAGAAGGGUAUCAAUGCUUGUUGAAGCUUUUGAAGCAGUUGUUCCACUUCCAGAGAAAUUAACUCCAUGAAGAUUCAAAUCAAGAAUAUCUAUGCAAGGCCAUUAGUUGUGUUUAUAAAGAUGCUUUAAGGAUGAUGUCAAGUGCCACUAGGGAAUAAAUGGGUUAAUGCUUAUGUAAAUGGCCAUUCUCAUGUUAGUCAUACUUUGACAUCAAUUUCUGUUUUUGGUUUUUUUGGGAAUGUCAUUAUUCUACUAUGGUUAUAUUUUACAUUCCUAGAAGACAGUUCUGUAAUCUACAUUUUGUGCAUGUAUUCUAGAGAUACAAUAAUGUUUCUUGUUUUUUGUAUUCUUUUAUUGAAUUUAAAUGAUGAAGCAGAAUCGAUUCCAUUA